AUGUAAUAUAUAAAAACUUAAUCGAUAUUAUUCCUCUAUGGAUUAUUUGAUAGCAUCUAAUUCAUGAAGGGACUCAGAAGAUAUGCUUUUGAUAAAUAAGACAAAUAUUGCAUUGAAAUCUAAAAAUAUUUAAAGCAAGCAAUAUAAUUUGCUGCCAAAAAAUUGGCUACCAUUAUUUUUAUAGACUUCAUCGUAUAUUUGUUGUCUCUAUUAUCAAUUCCAAAGCUAUUCUUAAUGUUGAUUCAAAUCAUAUCAGUUGUCUUCUACCUUGAAAACAAUAUUCGGUAAUUGGUAUAUGUAGGCAAAAUUACAUAAACAGCAAUUUAAUAUGAGACAAAUGUGAAACAGAAUAGGCAGUUUUUGAUUUACAACUUAAAAAGAGACAAUAAUGUAGGAUUCUCCACUCUAAUUGAUUAAGUUAAAUUAACAUUGUAGGCUUUACUUUUCAGCUUUUUAUUAUUGCUUCAAACAUCACUAUUUGACAUCUUGGUUAUAAUUCUACCAGAAAAUACAUUAAUAUAAUUGAUAAUCAAACAUUUAGAUUAUUUACUUUAUGCGGUCUUUAUAACAACAGGUUAUUUAUCUUUAAAGAUUCCCUAUCAGGAUCACUUGCCUUAUUAUCUACAUACAUAUAUAGGUUAUUUAAUAGGUUAUUCUGUGAUUUUGUCAUACUUUUUGAAUGUUUACUUUAGUUUUCCAAAAUUAGGUAUAGUUUUCUCUAUUUUGUCUCCAAUAUGUUUGUUGAGGGAAUUUUAGAUUGACGCUCCUUUGAUAACAGAGAUAGAAGAGAAAUCAUUCCGCGAAAAUUUGGGAAUUUUGAUAAAGAACUUUUUAGGAGAGGAAGUGAUAUCGAGGACAUCAUAUGAACACCAUUUGAAAAUGGCAGAAAAUGAUAAAGAAUACAAACUAAAGUUAAGAAAAACAAUUGGUUGGUUUACACUAGCGAGAGGAUUAAGACCAUACGUUAUUAAUCCAUUGAAUAAAGCAAUUAUAAUUUUUAUGAAGACUUACAAUUCUUUGAUAGGAGUUGUGUGA